UCUGCAUGUUACAUCAACGCAAGCUGAGGAGGACAGCAUGAUCUGAGAGUGUGUGGAAAGUUCUGCAUUGCCCUGCAUGAUACUAAUGUUGAAAAGACAUCAUGUUGUCAUCACAAGGAAUUUUUGCUUUGGCUUUUUUCCACUGUUUGAUAACAGCUAAUGCACUGAUAGACUCUGAUGAUGUCAUCACUCGUGAUGAGCAGAUCUAUGUUCUGAUUGGUGCUCAUGCCAGGUGUGAAAGGAGCAUCCAGGCACAAAUGGCCCUCAUUAAAGAGGGUGACUGCGUCCCAGAGUGGGAUGGGAUCAUCUGUUGGCCACGUAGCAACGCAGGUCAGCUGGUCUCAGUUCUGUGUCCAGAGUACAUCUAUGACUUCAACCACAAAGGCCGAGCCUACCGCCAGUGUGAUGUGUCAGGGAACUGGGAGCUGGUGCCCAGUAACAACCGCACAUGGGCAAACUACACCGAGUGUACCAGAUACCUGACCUCCAACCACAGAAGCCUAGAGGAGAAGGUGUUUCAUCGUCUCCAUCUUAUGUACACUGUUGGCUACUCCAUUUCUCUAGCAUCCCUUUUGGUGGCCGUCUCUAUUCUCUGCUAUUUCAAGCGUCUCCACUGUACGCGUAAUUACAUCCACAUUCACCUCUUCACCUCUUUCAUUUGUCGAGCUGUUAGCAUUUUUGUGAAGGAUGCUGUACUCUACUCCAUAUCCGAUGAUAAUAAAGCUGAGCUUGAGAUCACAACAGAGAAGCCUCCGAUGGCUGGUUGCAAAGCUGCUGUAACUCUCUUUCUGUACUUCCUGGCAACCAAUCAUUACUGGAUUCUGGUGGAGGGAUUGUACCUCCACAGCCUCAUCUUCAUGGCUUUCCUGCCUGACAAGAACUACUUGUGGGCCCUUACCAUAAUGGGCUGGGGUGUUCCAGCUGUGUUCGUAUCCAUCUGGGUCAGUGCACGAGCUUCACUGGCAGACACUCAAUGUUGGGAUAUCAGUGCAGGGAACUUAAAAUGGAUCUAUCAAGUUCCCAUUCUGGCAGCCAUUGUUGUGAACUUCCUCCUCUUCAUCAACAUUAUCCGAGUACUGGCUUCUAAACUGUGGGAAACUAACACUGGUAAACUGGAUCCCCGACAACAGUACAGGAAGCUACUAAAGUCCACUUUGGUCCUCAUGCCCUUGUUUGGAGUCCACUACAUUGUGUUCAUGGCUCUUCCCUAUACUGAUGUUACUGGGCUGCUGUGGCAGGUGCAGAUGCAUUAUGAGAUGUUCUUCAACUCUUCCCAGGGUUUUUUUGUGGCGUUCAUCUACUGUUUCUGCAAUGGGGAGGUGCAGGCAGAGGUGAAGAAGGCAUGGCUUAGACGCAGCCUGGUGCUGGACCUCAAACAAAAAGCCCGGAUGACAAGCAGCGGUGGAGGCAGCUGUUACUACGGUGGCAUGAUGUCACACACUACCACCCACAGUGUUUGCUUGUCAGCUACCAAUCCCAGAGCUCUUUCUGUCACAGGAGGGUCUGUGGGCUCAGGUGGAGCGGCUGCUGCUGUUGCUGCUUGUGGGUCAGGGGUCAGACUGCCAUGCCAUGCUUUUCCAACUUCCCUCCAUCCUCACAGUACCCUGUGUGUAUACGCUCCCGGUGACACGAAGACCUCAAGCCCCCAGCAGGACCUGGAUUUGUGGAAACCAGGAGGACCUGAGUCAGAAGGUUUUGCUAGACAUAGCAAAGCCAGCAAAGAGCAUGAUGACUACAAAAGGCAUGAAGCAGAAGUUCCAGACAGCUUGUUAUCUCUGAAGGAGCUGGAGACCAUCUUGUAAUUGUUGCUGAUGGGGACUGGCUAGAGAAUAUUGUUUCUAUAUACGGGAUCAAAUUUCACUUGAGCAAUGAGGGAAUACAAAUGUAUAUGCCAUGCAUGGUUUAUGUUAUAGUCUUAGCCCACUCCUUAUUUCUUGUAGAUCUAUUUGAUUUCUGUCAGCAAGUGAAUCUGUUUGGUUUUUUUAUGUUUAAAUUUAUGUGAGAAAAAUACAAGUAGAUUGAUUCUAAGCUAUAUGUGAAAUAGUCGGUGAAGAUGUGAUGCUGCGGAUAAUUUUGUGAAGCCAGUGGGCACACCUGGACGUAUAAACAGUGACUUUUUUCGGUGUCAUGCUUCUUCUUGCACUUUUCGUCUCAGUGUUUGAUUUUCCAAGCCAUACUGGCUGACCUCCAGUUCAAACUGCACUUCCGACGACCCUCCCAUUUCCAAAAGCAGACCUCUGCAUAUUUAUUGUGGAGAAAGCAUAACUGCAGCAGUCACCUUAACGAUCCAUCCGUCACAACCGCCUGACUUUUAAGAGUCAGCUGAGUCUAGACAGCGUGUCUAGACAAAUCUCCACCUUUGUUGUUCUCCAUAGGGUCUAAGUGGUUCUAUUUAUCAGAGUGAUGAGACCCUGAGUGAUGAGGAACAGACGUUUUGCCCUUAACUCUUUCCUUCGUGUAACCUCUGCCCUGAACACCCUCACAACGGCAUCCAGAAUUUCGCACACUCCCCUCAGGCUGCGGCUCAGAGCAACAGGCACAUGAGCUUGUUUUGGAGACCUCGAGCAUAAGUGACAAACCUGUAACACAAGCCACCAGUAUUCACAAGAUAAACAGACAGAAAACUGAAUUUGUAAAUAUUUUAUGACUAUUUUUGUGUUCAGAAGUAGAGGUCUGCCAUGUUGAUGCUAUAUGUACAGUUUAAAAAUGACUGGGAUAAUUUAAUAACUGUUUUUUUG